AUGUUAUUAAGACGCUUCUUUGAACGAGCACGCACUCGUUCUUCCACUGAAACCAAUAAACAAAUCUGUCUAUGUACUACAGCUAAACGUGAUUCAUUAUACGAUGGUGCAACAGUAUUUCCAACAAAAACGAGCGAACGAGCAUCUGCUGAUCAACACGUCCCCGUGCGAACAGAUAAACCAAAACGAUUGAUGCGGCAAGCGAGUUUAGAUGAAUCGGAUGGUGAUGAUGAUAUCGGCGUCACAGAGAAACUUCGCCGUGCUUCAUCGCAAUCACCAGCGAAUAUUCCCAUGUUAGUCGUCGUUUCCUUCAAUCCCGACGUGAAGGGCUUACAAAAGAAACAAAUCGAAAUUCAACGAGGAUUUCCUGUCAAUGCGCAAUACAUCCUGAACGAAUGGUUAUUUAUUAAGACUGCUGACGACGAAGAAGGUUUUGUUCCAUAUGUCUGCUGCCGUCCGAUGUUUCGUCGUCAGUCGGCCAAACAUUCGACUAGUCAAUUCGAAAGUGCAUACAAACCAUACGAUUUCGAAUCAAAUAAAUCUCAUUGUAUGAAAACACCUCCGACAUUGACACCGCCGACUAGUAAAAAGAAUUCACUGUCAACUCACCUCUGCUCGCCCACGUAUUUAUUUCAAAAAUCUUCGCCGAAUAAAAAACGUCAAGACGUUACAUCAUCAUCGUGUGGCGGUGAUUCGGGUGUAUCAGAUUGUGAAUCUUCAUCGAAUAAUCACCCAACCUUAGACUUGUUAACAGCACGUUUAUCAAACAUUCGUUCGUUGCGUUUAUCUUCGACUAUCAUUAAGAAAACCGGUCUUAUUGUACAAGAUCUUCCAUUGAAGAAAUCGAACAAGCCAAGUCUCAUGAAAUCGCAAUUAUCCAUUUCGAGUAACAGUGCAUUUACUCAAAUUGUCAAGAAACCACAGCGACAUGAAGGUAAUCAACGUCAACAAAAUCAUCAAUCAUUUCACCAAGAUCAAGAACCACUAAGCUCAUCAUUUAAUCGAAGUCAUUUUCGUCGUCUCUACGACAGCUACGACGAAACCACCAAAGUCUCAUCUCCAACAUCGAAAUAUCUGAUCGAUGCAAACAACCUCAACUCAUUAACAAACAUACGUCAAACGCCGUACGCACGUCGCUCAUUGCCACAUCAUAUUCAAUCCAUUGUGAAAAAACCUCUAUGCACAAAACUAUCAACAUCAUCAUCACCAGACCCAUUCAAAACGAUUAAAGAACAACAAUUACGUCACAUCGUUCUAGCAGAACCAUCUUUACCUCCGGCUAUUAUUCCAUCGAAAAUGGCACUUGAAAGGCAUUUUUCCGAUUUAAGUCUCAACCAAAUUGAAAACGAUUCUCUUUCUCCACCGACACCGAUUCGUUUGACUCAUCAUCGACCUUCUCUUUCCUGUUCAUCAUCAUCAACUUCGAGUACAAACUCAUCGACAGACGAUAGCACAACGCCAUUUAUUCAUAUUCAAAUGAACAAUUACCGCGCUGGACGUAUACCAGUUAUCUAUACGUCAUCGAAUAUCAACAACAACAAUAAUAAUAAUAACAACAGUACCAAUCCAACAUCUUCAAAAUCGAAUAGUUUCAUUCAUAAUGUUUCGAUUACUGUCUAA